UUUAAAUCAAGAGAAGAAGAAGAAACAGCCGCAGCAUAAGAAGAGGACGACAACAGCCGCCAUUACUUCCCAACUACGUAGCACAGUGGUCGGGUUCUCCAAUUAUCACGUUCUCACUCAUUGUCGUUUGGACUCCUGUUCGUUGAAGCGCCAACAUGUCGGACGAAGGUAAACUGUUUGUCGGAGGACUGAGCUUUGAGACCAACGAGGACUCUCUGGCUGCGGCAUUCAGCAAAUAUGGAACCAUCGAAAAAUUAGAUGUGAUCCGAGACAAAGAGACGGGCAAAUCCCGCGGUUUUGGCUUCGUGAAAUUCGACAACGCAGAAGACGCCCUCGACGCACUAAAUGGCAUGAACGGUAAAACUCUGGAGGGUCGGUCAAUUCGUGUGGAUGAAGCCGGGAAGGGAGGCCGUGCCAGGGGAGGUUUCAGUGGACCACGAGGAGGAGGCGGAGGCCGCGGAGGAGGCGGAUUCGGCGGGCGUGGAAGAGGCGGCGGCGGAUACGGCGGAGACCGCAGCUACGGAGACAGAAGCUACGGUGAUCGAAGCUACGGCUCCGAAGGCAGGUUCUCCGGCGGCAACCAGUACAGGAGUAGCGGCGGGAGCGGCGGAGGAGGAGGCGGAGGCGGCGGAUACUCGAGCUACCGCGACAACAGGGGCCAGGGCGGAUCCUACCGCGAGGGCUACGACAGCUACAGCGCUAACGAGUAAACCCCCGGUUCAAGAUCAUCUCUGGGCUGGCUCUAUUUCAAAGAUGCGUUCCUCGAGAAGAAUGUCCACGUUUUAUUGCUGACUUUAGUUUUUGUCGUUCUGUUGUAGUAGCUGAAGCAUCUUUCAAAAUGGAGCCAUGAUAUUUAGGUAAUUCCUUAACAAACCAUGUUACAUAUUCCACUUCUGGACUUUGCUUUAUUGGGCAUCUUUAUUCAUCAACGGUCGUUUGUGAACAUUGUUAACACAAAUAUGUGUAAUCUGAUUAGUACUGUAAGUCCCCAACUGAGAACCGAAAGACUGCUCUCCCGUGGCCACUACCAUCUAUGAAGACUUUGUCAAGCACGUAAAAUGUCCUCAUCCUUUUUUCUUUUUUUGCACAUGGACAUAUCCGAGGCGGCUUGUUCUUCCUGUUGCUUACUCCCCGUUCAAGCGCAGUGGCUGACCUACUUCUUGCCAGGUUUUAAAGAGGCAAGGCAUCCGCAAUACUCGUAAAGAGACUUUUGAUGGAUUUUUAUACUAGGUUCCCUUUUACUCUUAAAAACCUAGUCCAGUGAGGCUCAUGUGUUCAAAGCGUGAUUUCCUUUCAGACUGAGCUACAAUUGUUCGCACUGCUCAACAUCUGUGUUUUUAAAUCUGCUGUAAAAGGGACUAAUCUUGUUUAAGUGAUUUGAAAAUGUAACAGUUUCCCUAAGUAAUAUCGCGACAGAGUUUUGUACUUUAUGUUCUUUGUAUGAUCCAUUUUUUGAGUUUGGCUUCAUGGAGCCUAUUAAAGACUGUGGAUAUAAAACGUA